AUGGCUUUACAGCCCAAGCGCGCAGAGGAGAUGCUGCAGCCUGAGCUGUUCGACUUGGGCGACUUUGCCAAGCUCUACCACGGAAUCUCAAGGCUGCUCGAUUGCAAGAGGCAGCCUCUGGACGAAGCGACCACCACAAACUUGAUGCGGCUCCAGGAACGGCUGAAUGCCUGGACACGGGUGGCCUACGACACCGCGCUCACCGAGGCGGGUUUGUUGUUCCAUCCCUCCGGGAUGCGUUCCUCGAGUGCCAAAGGAGAACAGCUGAGGUCGUGUCUCAGACCCGUGAAUGUUCUCCGGUUCCGCUCCUACUUGGCCGCCAAAGAACCGGGCCUGCUCGGACCCGACAAGCCGGAGCUCCCUCCGCUGCACACCCGCCCGGCUGGCUUGGCCAGCCUCGUCAAGGCGUGCCCCGAACUCGCUCCGGAGCUGGUCGACGCCCUCGCCCUCAGCCUGUAA